GCCAAAGACCAAUUUUAUCAUGAGAAGCAUUUUACCUGUAUUGUCUGCUCACAAAACCUCUGCAAUCUUCCAGUAUUUUCCAAAGACAAUAAACUCUACUGCGACGAUGACUACAAGAAAAAGUUUGUUCCAAAAUGCGCAAAAUGCCAGGAGUAUAUAACAGCAGAUUGUGUGCGGGCCAUGGAUGAGACAUGGCAUCCUCAACAUUUUCAAUGCUACGGAUGCCUCGUACAAUUCAGCGCAGAAAUGAGUUACAGGGCAAAGGACGGGAAACCUUAUUGUGAUCACUGCUACACUGACACUGUACUCCCAAAGUGCGGGGGUUGCGGUGAUCCUAUUACUGAUAGAGCACUUAAGGCUUUUGAUAAACAGUGGCAUGUUUCUUGCUUUAAAUGCGUGGAAUGUAAGACGACAUUUGAGGGAUCUGCUAAUUUCUAUUCGAUUGAAGGGAGCCCUGUGUGUGCACCUUGUGCAGGAAUCCAGGAUGAAUGAAAAUUCGAGACCGCUGAACUUAUUAAGAGUUUAUGUUUUUCUUCAAUUAAUAAAAUACUUACUCACUACAAACUCACAACUUUUUAUCCUUAUCUUCGCAACAUUUUCUCAAACUAUAAUUUUGGAGCAAUGCAAAAAUAGCCAAAGUUUGACAUAUCAAGAGUUUACAACAUCAGAUUCCGAAUAUUAACAGCUAAAUCAGUUCUUUAAAUCUGCUUCAAUUUGAUAUUUUACUAAUUGAAGAAAACCCUUUAAUAAAUCAAAUUUUGUUAAUAUUUGAAAACUAUUCUGCCAAAAUUUGAUGGUAGAAAUAAGGGGGGGGGGGUAGCCAAUUAUUAUAAAUCUUAUGAUCAUGUAUCUAAAAAAAUACUAAAAUUGUUCUUAACCUGUUUAUAUCUUUUAGAAUUUUAAUGUUAUUUAUCGAAUUAUUAAACACAUUAAACUAA